AUGGAGAGGGACGGCCCGCAAACCCCUCCAAACAGCAAAGGGAAGGAAAAGGAAAAUGGAAAGGGGAGAAGUACCGACGUGACAUUUCCUGCGAGCGGUGGCAGCGAGAAGGAAAUGCAGAGAGGGAGCAGGGCAAACCUCUCAUCCCGCGUGGCUGACUCGGCACUGACGCUGGGGUCGGGCCUGGUGUCAGGGUUCGACAGCGCGGGCCAUCUCUUGCCCUCGGACAAAGCAGGAGCUUCGAUCCCACGCCCCCAGGCGUCUAAAGGGGAGACGUCCAGCUACGCCCACCAGGCAGGGCCAAGUUUGGGCGGCAACGUCAAGUCCACACAUGCUCAGGAGCACGUCAAGCAACAAGAGGCCGCCUUUUCCAAUUUCCUGGACGGCACAAGCGUGUCGCAGUCUUUGGGGGUUCAGCAUGGUCUGGACCUUGAUGAACGCAUGGGGGCCACUGCACCACAGGCGAGUCGGAUGCUCUCGCACGACGACUAUGCAAGCACGGACGGCCUAGAGGUCGUCAAGCUACUCGACACUGAUUACGAUGAGGUUGUGCGGCCGGACCCCGACGUACCGCUCUCGCGCGACGACGCCACGGCGUUGCGGCGAGCUCUCUUUGGUAACUCGGCGGCCUCGUCCGCUACUGGGGGCCGGCCUGCCGACUGGGACGACCUGCUCAACUUUGUGCCCGAGUAUGUGGGCGACGAGGCUUCACUCCGGGGCACCAGUGAACUCUGGCAGCACAUGGGGACGUCAGACGUCUCGGAGGCCAGAAGGACGUGGGCUAACCAAUGGGGCGACGUCCUCUCGCGUUACACCGACGAAGUCUGGGGAGACCUGGGGAUGCUGGUGCAGGAGGCGCAGGCGGAGGCCCGAAAGAUACAGGAGGGCGGGCGCGAAGCCACGCCGGCAGAGGCAAAGGCUAUUCUAAGGUUGCGGCAGAUUCUAGCUCACGUGCGAGAUGGAUGA